UUAAUUUUUCCACCUAAGACUCAGAAACUCGGUUCGAUGGGCAGCAAGGGCAAGGCGGGUCUGGACUUCACCGGCAAGGUGGUGCUAAUCACGGGUGCAGCCUCCGGUAUCGGGGCCGCCACCGCCGAAAUGUUCUCCAAGCUGGGCGCCUGCCUGACGCUGGUGGAUCGGGAGGAGGAGGGACUCAUAAAUGUGAUGAAGAAGUGCAUGCAGACGGGCUAUGAGCCCUACGGCAUAGCCGGAGAUCUGCUCAAGCCGGUGGAGAUGGAGUGCAUCGCGAGGAAGACCAAGGAGCGCUUUGAAGGCAGACUGGAUGUCCUGGUGAAUGGGGCGGGCAUCAUGCCCACGGGCACGCUGCAGAGCACGGAACUUGCUUGCUUCACGCACGUAAUGGAGGCCAAUGUGAGGUCCAUGUUCUACCUGACCAAGUUGCUGCUCCCUCAGCUUGUCCAGUGCCAGGGUAGCAUCGUCAACGUGUCCAGUGUAUGUGGGCUGCGCGCCUUUCCCGAUCUGGUGGCCUACAACAUGUCCAAGGCAGCUGUUGACCAGUUCACCCGGUCUUUGGCGCUGGAUCUGGGUCCCCAGUGUGUCCGGGUGAACUCAGUUAAUCCGGGGGUAAUUCGCACCAAUCUUCAAAAGGCCGGUGGCAUGGACGAACAAAGCUAUGCAGAAUUUCUAGAGCGCUCCAAAGAGACCCAUGCCAUGGGCAGGAUUGGGGAGCCAACGGAGGUGGCGUCCACCAUUUGUUUCCUGGCCAGUGAACUGGCUAGCUUCGUGACAGGGGUCAACUUUCCCGUGGACGGGGGGAAACAACUUAUGUGUCCACGCUAAUCCCUACCAAAGAGUCAAAUCCCAUCCUGUCCUGCCUACCGCCUUCCUCUUUUAGUUGUUGCCCGCCGAUUCACUAUUAAAAUAUAAAAUUUUAAGUG